AUAUAUGUUUUUAAGUGUAUAUAAGAAGCUAGAGUAAUAUGUUUUACUCAGAAAAAUGGAGACAAUUCAAAUGAUAGUAACAAUAUGUUGUUGUGCCAUAGCAAUUACUCUGUUAUGGAAAGUACUGAAUUGGGUUUGGUUCAAUCCAAAGAAGUUGGAGAAUUUGUUGAGGAAACAAGGGCUACAAGGGAAUUCAUACAGACUAUUGUAUGGGGACAUGAAAGAUGUUACUAGAAUGAUUAAGGAAGCUAAUUCAAAGCCUAUGAAUAUGUCUGAUCAUGAUUUAGCACCAAGAAUGAUGCCUUUCUUUCUUGAAACCAUCAACAAAUAUGGGAAAAAAUGUUUUACAUGGAUGGGUCCAAAACCACAAGUAUUGAUCAUGGACCCUGAGCUGAUAAAGGAAGUACUCUCGAAAAUUUAUUUGUAUCAAAAGCCUCAUGGAAAUCCAUUAGGCAGCUUAUUUGUAAAAGGAUUAGUAAGCUAUGAGAAAGACAAAUGGGCCAAAAAUAGAAAAAUCAUCAAUCCCGCGUUCCAUCUAGAGAAGUUAAAGCAUAUGCUUCCAGCUUUUUACUUGAGCUGUAAUGAGAUGCUGAGCAAAUGGGAAGCUCAUGAGAUAGAUGUAUGGCCUCACCUGCAGCAAUUGACUAGUGAUGUGAUCUCUCGGACAGCUUUUGGUAGUAGUUAUGAAGAAGGUAGAAAGAUUUUUGAACUUCAAAAUGAACAAGUUCCGCAUUUUAUCGAAGCUAUGCGCUCAGUUUAUAUCCCAGGAUGGAGAUUUUUGCCAACAAAGAGGAACAGAAGAAUGAAGGAAAUAAAGAAGGAUGUUCGGUCCUUAAUUAGAGGUAUUAUUGAUAAAAGAUUGAAGGCAAUGGAAGCUGGGGACGUCGAUAAUGUGGAUCUAUUAGGCAUAUUGCUGGAAUCAAAUUUUAAGGAAAUUGAACAGCAGGACGGAAACAAGGACUUUGGAAUGAGCAUCGAUGAAAUCAUUGAAGAAUGCAAGCUGUUCUAUUUUGCUGGUGCAGAAACUACAUCAGUGUGGCUCCUAUGGACUCUGGUGCUUUUAAGCAGGUAUCAAGACUGGCAGGCACGGGCCAGAGAAGAAGUCUUGCAAGUGUUUGGGAGUCGAAAACCAGAUUUUGAUGGAUUAAAUCGUCUAAAAGUUGUAACGAUGAUCUUGUACGAAUCAUUAAGGCUAUAUUCCCCGGUAACAACACUUACCCGACUAGCUAUUGAAGACAUUACGCUAGGAGAAGUAUCUCUACCAGCUGGUGUGCUAGUCUCAUUGCCAAUAAGCAUAUUGCAUCAUGAUAAAGAGAUAUGGGGUGAAGAUGCAAACAAGUUCAAUCCAGAGAGAUUUAGAGAAGGAAUAUCAAGUGCAACAAAGGGUCAAGUUGCAUAUUUUCCAUUUAGUUGGGGUCCAAGAAUAUGCAUUGGACAAAAUUUUGCCAUGUUGGAAGCAAAGAUGGCUCUGUCUAUGAUCCUACAAACCUUUUCUUUCGAAUUGUCGACAUCUUACACACAUGCUCCUCAAUACUCAGUAACCGUUCAGCCUCAGUAUGGUGCUCCUCUUAUUUUCCACAAACUAUAAUUUGAUAGACGUUGUUCACAUUCCGUUCACAGGUGAAGUUACAAUAUAUUAGAUAUAGGUUUCGAAACAAUUUCUCUACCGCAUAAAAAUAGCGGUUAGUGUGUACUCCCCACCCUCCCUUAACCCGUAUAUUGGGUAUGUUGUUGUUGUUGUGCUCAUAUAUAAAUAAAUAUUUUAAUUACAGAC